AUGCCGGCCCAUCAUCAGAAACCGGCCCCCCUCGCGCCGGCAUCGCCUCGAAACACCGCCAAGUACACGAACAAGGACGGCUCCAAGUUCAUCACCGUUCCCAAGGGCACCCCGUCAGAGGACUCGUCACGGCCCUCGACUCCCACCGUCGCCAAAUCCAGCAGCGCCCCGCCGCCCUCGGACUCGACAGGCCUCGACACGUCGGCACCGGCUGUGAACCGCAAGAAGCAGAAGCGACGGCAAAAGGCUGCUGCAAAGGCUGCCGCGCAGGCUGCCAAUGGCCACCCGAGCCCCGCUCUCAGUUCCGACAAGCAGACGUCUGCGUACUAUGAGCCUGUCGCAAGCGAUGAGGAUGAUGUCGAAUAUGUUCUGGCUGACGACGUCGAGCCCACGGCGACGGCUAACGGCCACGCGAUAGACCCCAAAGCUAAUAAGAAGAACAAGAAAAAGAAGAAGCAGACUGACGUGGGAGGCCACGCCGGACAGGCCGAGUCGGAUCAGCAUCCGGCUCCGGCGACGACGCGAGGCUCCGGAAUGUCUAGGGAUAAAAUAUGGAGUACCAGCAAUCACGAAGAGCGCGAGCGUAUCAAGGAGUUCUGGCUAGGCCUGGGCGAGGAGGACCGGAAAUCCCUGGUCAAGGUGGAAAAGGACGCCGUACUGAAGAAGAUGAAGGAACAGCAGAAGCACACGUGUAGCUGUACUGUCUGCGGAAGGAAGCGUACCGCCAUCGAGGAGGAGCUGGAAGGUCUGUAUGAUGCAUACUAUCUCGAGCUUGAGCAGUUCGCCAACCAAGGAGAGGGCCCGCCCAUGCUGCCUCCUCCUCCGCGAGACUUCUCGAUGCGCCCGUCGCGGACCCUGCCGGGGGCCUAUCCGCGACCGCCCCCGGCCCGCGGUCGAAUAGUGGAACACGUCGGCGACGACGACGAAGAGCUCGAGGAAGCCUACAGUGAAGACGAGGCCGAGGACGACGAGUAUAGCGACGACGAACCUCCCGAGGAAUUUCACGGCUCUCCCGACCGAGACGUAGCUGAUUUCUUGACGUUUGGUAACAGCCUCCAAGUCAAGGGUACGCAACUUCUUGAUUCACUUAUGCACAGAUAUGGUAACAUGGAUUUAGGCGGCAUUCUCACCGUGGCGGAUGACCUACUCAAAAACGACGGCCGGCGCUUCAUCGAGAUGAUGGAGCAGCUCGCGGAACGUCGCAUGGCCCGAGAAGAGGACGCUCGAGAGCACUUUGCUCGCGGCUACGGUCAUCCCAACGGCUCAUACUCCGCUCCUCACAACCACCCUCCUCCCGAAGACGAAGAGUACGAGGACGAAGAGGAGGAGGAGGAGGAGGACUACGACGACAGUCAGGACGAGGAGUAUGAGGACGAAGAGGUAUACUGCCACCCUCCCUCUGUGAUGCCGUCUUCCAAGUUCCAUACUGAGUGCUGUUGCCAGGACCCGAUGACGGAAGAGCAGCGAAUGGAAGAAGGCCGUCGCAUGUUCCAGAUUUUCGCCGCCCGCAUGUUCGAACAACGAGUACUAUCCGCCUACAAAGAGAAAGUGGCCAAGGAACGGCAGGAAAAGCUGCUAGAGGAGCUCGAGGAGGAGAGUCGCGCGGUCAAUGAGCAAAAGGCCAAAAAGGCCAAGAACGCCCAGAAGAAGAAGGACAAGGCGGCUCAGCGAAAGCAGGCCCUCGCCGAGGAGAAGGCUCGCAAAGAGGCCGAAAAGCUUGCCGAAGAAGCCGCCCGAAUCGAAGCCGAGAAGAAGAAGAUUGCUGAGCAGAAGCAGAAGGCCGAGGAGAAGCGCAAGCAGAAGGAAGCUCAGAAGAAGGCCGAGGAGGACGCCCGCCUCAAGAAGGAGGCCGAACGGCAACGCCGAAUCCACGAGCAGAAGGAGAAGCAGGCCGAGCUGGAGCGGAAAGUGCGCGAAGCCAAGGAGCGCGAAAAGAAGCUCAAGGACGAACAGCGCAUAAAGGAACGGGAGGCCCGCGAGCAGAAGGAGCGCGAAGCUCAGGAGCGAAAAGAGAAACAGGAGCGCGACAAGCGAGAAAAGGAAGCCCGGGCCGCGAAAGCCCAGAAGGAGGCCAAGGAGGCCAAGGAGGCCAAAGAAGCCAAGGAGGCCCAAGAAGCCGCCGAGGCUGCGAAAGAACUCCUACUCCAGCAGCAACGAGCCAAGGAGGAAAAGGCCGCCCCCAAGCACCCUCCCGCUUCGCUGCCCGCCGCCGUCUUGCCUCAACAUCCCCCUAACCCAGCGACCUUUGCCUCACCAAAAAUCCCCGUGGCCACUCCCGCACUCCCCAAGGCACCAACCCCCAUACGGCCGAGGACGACAUCCCAGCAACACGCAACUGGUCCCGCGAGCUCGUCCGAUUCUCAGACGGCGUCUGUUCCUAGCCAGAGCGCUUCGCCACAUUCUGUCACGCCGGUAUAUACCAGUCCUAGUUCCACUGGGCCGGAAAGGAGAAUCAGCGGAAGCACUCCGGUCACGAUGCAGCCAACGGCCAUGUCCGGCACGCCGCCUGGGCUGCCGCUGCCCAAGGGUCCCAGCCCGUCUGCCCCCUUCCAGAUGCCCAUGAUGGGCAUGCAACCUCCGCCGGGUCUAAGUCCACAUGCGCCUCCGCCUCCGCCAGGAUUCCCCAGCCGAUCGAGUCACGAUCCCAUAUUCCCUGUAGGGUUUAGGCCAAGUCCGGCACACAAUAUGAUGAUUCCGCCACCCGGCAUCAGCAACUCGACGGUUCGCGGCUUUCCACCCGUCACGAUGCCUCCCCCUGGAUUCUCACAGCCAGCGGGCGACUUCCCCAUGGGCCAAGGCUUUCCUAUCCCUGCCAGAGACGGGCCUGUUCUGACCCACGGGCGCCAAGGCUCCCUAGGCUUUGAAAGCUCACCCGGUACUCCCGGACAGCUGAUGGGACGGCCAGCGCCGAUAGGCCGACCCGGUAGCGUCAGCCAAGGAUUUUCGCGCGAUAGGGAUGAGGAUACGCAACACCUUGGAAGCCGUGUCCUCGUCGAAGAUGAUGAGCCUCUGGGUACCGAUGCCAGCGCUGGCGGCCUGCGUCAUCAGCCUCCGGGACCACGAGCCAGCUUCGCCGCGGGCCCUUUUAUCGACUCGGGAUUUCCCAUGGGCCACAACCCCUGGGGCCCCAUCAACAGUCCUCCACAGCCCUUUGCUCCUACGACGGCCUCCCAGCCAUUUGCUGCUCUGCCGACGUUUGGAAAUCCAGCCUGGGGUCCCCCGAGCGGUCCGCCGGGAUUCCACGUCGGCUCCCCGAGCGGACUGGGAUCCAUCCGAUCGCAUGCCCAGCCUCGUCAUGUUGCAGUGCGCGUGCUGCUGUCCCAGGCGUGCAAAGACCUGGCCAACACAGGCUCUGGCGACAAGGAGGGGUAUGUUGAGCUUGCAAGCAUCAAGGCGCAUGUCGAUAUGAUAUCCGGCGACCCCAGCAUAACGGAGCAGGAUCUACUCAACCUCUGCGACACGGUGGGCAGUCUGUCCAACGGUGGAGGGUCCUUUGAUGUGAAGCAAGACAUUUCUGGGCUGAGGAAAAUACGCUGGGUCCCCGACACGGACGAGGGGCUGAAUCCUCACUUUCGUGCCGUUGGAGCCCCCGGCGAGAUUGGCAGCCCUCUGGUAGGCCACGCUUCUCUGCGCGGGAUUUAG